AUGACGGCUUUCGAAGAAUUUGGCAUCAUUCCAGAGCUCUCUGAGGCUCUUUCCACGUUGAAUUGGACGUAAGUUCCCUAUUCUUUGCACGCAGACGCUUAAAAUCACCAAAAAUUGCAGAUUGCCGACGGCGGUCCAAUCGGAAGCGAUUCCAGCGAUUCUGGGAGGUGCAGACGCUCUAAUUGUAAGUAAAAACUUUGAAAAAGCGUAGAAAAAUGGAUAUAUAGGCUGCAGAAACGGGAUCCGGAAAAACGGGCGCAUUUUGCCUGCCAAUCGCGCAAAUUGUGUGGGAACGGCGCAAAAAUUUCGGCAAAAGUGCCGCCGAAACGGGCGGCGCACACGAAUUCGUUCUGAACCGAGAGGACCGCAAUCCGAGCCUGCAAAUCGACCGAACGGGCCUGAAUUGCGAGAGCCGCGUGGCGAAAGAAUGGCACGGCGCGAGAGGAAUGGCCGGAUUGCACACGGCCGGAAAGUACUAUUACGAGGUGACGGUCACCCGGGACGGACUGUGCAGAGUCGGCUGGGCCACCCUUCAGGGAUCACUCGCUAUCGGUGCGUUUUUUGAGGGCCUUCUGAAAAUAAUUACUAAAUAAUUCCAGGAACCGAUUACGAAAGCUACGGAUACGGCGGAACGGGCAAGAAGAGUUUCGGCAAGAAAUUCGACGAUUACGGUAAAUCGUUCACGACGAACGACGUGCUCGGCUGCUUCCUUGACGUGGAUUCCCAACAGAUUUGGUGGUCGAAAAACGGAGAGCAAUUCCGGCCCGGCUACUCGAUCGAUCGCAAAUUUCGCGCCCCGGCCACGUGUCUCUUUCCGGCCGUCCUCCUUCAGAACUCGGCGCUCGCCGUCAAUUUCGGCGCCGAACCGUUCAAAUUCCCGCCCGGCAACGGAUUCGUCGGCGUCAGCAAGGCCCCGGACGGAAAUGUAAAGUGGUGGACGGCCGACGAGAAGGAGAGAGUCGACGCGAACACUCCGUUGUGUGUUAUUCUGGAGCCCACGCGAGAAUUGGUUCAGCAGACGUUUCAGAACCUUCAGACAUUUGCUUCGGUGCUCAAGGACCCCGAAAUUAGGUGGGAAUAGACUGAAUUUACCGCGGAAAUGCAAAAUUUCGUGUGUUUCACUUUGAAAAUGAUCCAAUUGUCUUCAGUAUUCUCCAAUUUCAGCCCCGCAGUUAUAGAACCAUCUUACGCGUCGUCAAAAUCUUUUUUUGGUAUCUAGUCUGGAAGACGUUCCGGAUAGUAUUCUGAAGGAGAAUCUGAAAGUCUCGAAGGGUUUCUUCUUUCUCAAAAAGUCUAGAUUAAGAAAGGCUAAUAAUAGUUAUCAUACUAGAAUCCUAUCUUUCUUUAAUUUUCCAUUUUCCUAUCCCAUAUCCCAGUCCUUCCUUUUUCAGAUGUGUAACCCUGGCGGCCGGCGAGAACAUGAACCACAUUCUGCGAACCCUGGAGACUGGCUGCGACGUGAUCGUGGGCACCCCAUCUCGCAUCGUGGAUCUCAUUCAGACGGGCAAGCUCGCCACUAAAUCUCUCCAGUUCAUUGUGAUCGACGAGGUCGAUCAGUUCCUGGCGGAUCGGAACGGUGGCGCCCGUCAGAUCGACUCUCUCUUCCGAGCACUCCCGUUGGUGGCCGCGGACGGCUCGCGACGUCAGGUAAUCGCCUGCUCGGCCACCCUCCACAACCACGAGGUGAACCGAUUCGCCGACCGACACAUGACGUUCCCCCAGUGGAUCGAUCUGAAGGGCGCCGAUUGCGUGUCGGCCGACGUGCACCACGUCGUCUGCCACGUCGACGCCGCCGAAGACAAGCAGUGGAUCCGGGUGAAACAUCAGCCGAUUCAUCUGGAGGACGACCACGUGCACGACACUGAUCAGAUCCGACCGGGCACCAACGAUCAGGCCACUCUGUCGCUCGGCACCAAGAUUUUGAAGGGAAUCUAUGUGGUGAAGGCGAUUCAGGCACUGCGCAUGGACAAGGCAAUCAUUUUCUGCAGGACCAAACAGCAAUGCGACCAUAUGGAACACUUUUUGCAUCAGAAUAGUACGAUUUUUCAGAAAAUUCCCAGUCUUUUUGUGUUCUAAUGAAGAAUAGACCAGAAAACAUCCAAACUCGAGAUGUUUGAGUGGAUUUCAUUGGAAAUUGACUACGAUUGGGGCAUUUCAAAAUGAAUGCGCUCUGUUGCCACGAAACGGACUGCAGUUGUUUUUAUUUGACUUCUGGAACACAUUUCGCUGCUUUUUAAUUGGCGCCACAAUUGCAAGAGAACGCAUUCACUUUGAAACGCCCCGAUAGUGGUUUUGGUCAAUUUUUGCAAAAAAACUUUUAUUUUCUCUGAAUUUAACUAAAGAUCAGCAAAAUUGUGUUCAGACUUGACGGCGGCGUGCCUCCACGGCGACAGAUCGGCGGAGGAACGACAAAACUCGCUGGAGGGAUUCAAAAAGGGCGAAAUGCGGUUUCUCGUGUGCACGGACGUCGUCGCCAGAGGACUGGACGUGCAAGGAGUGCCUUUCGGUACGGGGAUGCAUUUUUGAACAAAGUUUCCAACUCAAAUAUUGCGAUUUCAGUAAUCAACGUGACUCUGCCGGACGACAAAUCGAUGUACGUGCACCGAAUCGGUCGAGUGGGACGGGCGGAACGAAUGGGACUCUCGAUCAGUCUCGUCUCGGAGCACUCGGAGAAAAUGUGGUUCCACAAGUGUCGGAGUCGCGGAGUGGGCUGCACGAACACGCGGGACGUCGAGAAGGGCGGAUGCACCAUUUGGUUUGACGAGAAAAAGGUUCUCCGAGAAUUUUUCCCCAAUUCUACCGUUUCAGUCUCAGAAAUCGAGCCUAGUCACAUUUUUGUACAUUUCAGAUGCUCGGAGAGAUCGAAGAACACCUCGGAGCCACAAUCGCCACGGUAGACAGCGAUUUUUCGGUGCCCGUCGACGAAUUCGACGGAAAAGUGGUGUACGGAGAGCGCAGAAGUGGAGGUGAUCUCGGAAUAUCCGUAAAAUGAAAACAUUUCCAUUUAGGCACGAAUUUCGCAACUCACGUCCUCGCGCUGGCCUCCUCCGCAUCACAAUUGGCCGAUUUGGAGACGAAAAUGCAAUUGGAGUACCUGCGGAAUAAUCGUCACGUGUUCGGGAUCGUCUAG